AGUUCUAGUAUUAUUAUUAUUCCUUCAUAGCCUUGUUUGACAUAUCCAUUACUUUGUUCUUCUUCUUCCUAGCCUCCCAUGUCCACCAGUUUUCUUGGAUCACCAUGCCUUGUCAAAAAUGGAAAAAAUAUACAAACAAUUUUUCCAUGUAACAACAAUAAGCCAAUGAAUUUCACCAUUAAAUCUUGUAUAAACUUAUCAAGAACCAAGAAUCCUAAUCCAAACAAGCCUCAAAUUGAUGAUCAUGUAUACAACUAUGCAAAAUAUUGCACACCCAAGUUUGAAAAGGACCUAAAUAUCACCAAGAAUGGUGGGGUUUUUGAAGAUAUUGAAAAAAGGGGUGUUCUUGAUUUAUGGCUAGAAAUGCAAAAAGAGGCUAUUUUUGACAUAGAACAAGAACCCCUUUUGGAAAAUUACUAUAAAGAUUCAAUCUUGAUUCAAGAUUGUAUAGAAAGUGCUUUGUCAUAUCACUUGUCAAUGAAGUUGGGAAAUUCUAGUUUGACAAGUGAGGGUCUAUAUGAGGUUUUCAUGGGGGUGUUCAUAGAGGAUCAAGAAUUGGUUUUUGAUGUUGUUGAUGAUUUAAGAGCUGUUAAAGAAAGGGACCCUGCUUGUAUUAGUUAUGUACAUUGUUUCUUGAAUUUCAAAGGCUUUUUAGCAUGUCAAGCACAUAGGAUAGCACAUAGGUUAUGGUGUAAAGGUAGAAAGAUUCUAGCUUUAGUGAUACAAAAUAGAGUAUGUGAAGUAUUUGCUGUUGAUAUUCAUCCUGGUGCUAAGAUUGGUUGUGGGCUUUUACUUGAUCAUGCUACUGGUGUUGUUGUUGGUGAAACAGCUGUUAUUGGUAACAAUGUGUCAAUCUUGCAUAAUGUUACAUUAGGUGGUACUGGUAAAAUGUGUGGUGACAGACAUCCUAAGAUUGGUGAUGGUGUGUUGAUUGGUGCUGGCACUUGUGUUCUUGGAAAUGUGAGGAUUGAAGAUGGUGCUAAGGUUGGUGCUGGUUCUGUUGUGUUGAUGGAAGUGCCUGCUAGGACUACUGCUGUUGGAAAUCCAGCUAGAUUGAUUGGUGGUAAAGAAAAUCCUAUUAAACUUGACAAGAUUCCUAGUUUGACAAUGGACCAUACUUCACAUAUGUCUGAUUGGUCUGAUUAUGUAAUCUAGACAUUAGAAUCGUUGUGUACGGACUUAGAUAUCAAAUAUAAUGUUCUUUUGUCCUC